AAGAAGCGCUGUUAGUGUGGGUGUAUGUGUGUGAGCGCGCUCCUCCCUGACUUUCCCAUAGCCUAUGGAGCUGUUGUUCUCCGAGUUAAUGCAGGGACAGUCAGACGGACACGAAGAAUAGAGCAACAAAAGAGAAAGUGUUAGCCUUAGCAAAAGUCUGAGGCAUUCUUUUAUAUGCCCUUUUUCAACUAAAAACAACCAGUUAUCGUAAGAGACGCAACAUUUGGAUUUUGAAAGAGAGGUUCCAGGAAUGGAUCCACCAGUUACUAAAACAGGACUGUCCAGUUGUCUCCGAAACUUUUAAUAAUUUCAAAUUGUUCUGAUCGCCAGAAGAGCGCGCAGACGGGGUCAAUUUCGUGAAAGGAUUGGGAAACUAGCCGCAUGAUAAAACUUUGUUGAAGCCACUGAUUAUACGGACUGCUGUUACGCUGAGCCGUUCGACAUUGCACAUGGGGUGACCCAGAAAGGCUUCCUGGGCCUCUGAGACGUGACCUUCGGCCCAGACACGCCGCCUCCCUCCCGCCGUGUGAAUGACUCUUUGUCGAAAGGCCGCCGUGCUCUGUCACCCUGUCGCCAUGAAGAGCAAGUAUUCCCAGUACUACAACAAAACCCUGAUCCACGACUACUAUGCCUUUGCCAAGGACAUGACCCCUAAGGAGCUGGACGACAUGACCCAGGACAAGCCAGCGCUCCCCACUAUCAACAUCGUCAUCGUGGUGCUCUGCAGCAUCAUCAUCCUGGAGAACCUGCUGGUACUCAUCGCGGUCUUCCGGAACAAGAAGUUCCACUCUGCCAUGUUCUUCUUCAUCGGCAACCUGGCCUUUUCCGACCUUCUGGCAGGUUCCGCCUACAUAGCCAAUAUCUUCCUAUCGGGUCGAAGGACCUUUGAGUUGGUGCCAGUGCAGUGGUUCAUCAGAGAAGGAACGGCUUUCAUUGCCCUGGCGGCCUCGGUCUUCAGCCUGCUGGCCAUUGCCAUAGAGCGCUACAUUGCCAUAACCAAGGUGAAGGUGUACGGCUCCAACAAGACCUGCCGCAUGUUCCUGCUGAUCGGAGCCUGCUGGGUCACCUCCAUCCUGCUGGGUGGGCUGCCCAUCAUCGGCUGGAACUGCAUCGACGACAUGACCUUGUGCUCCGCCGUGCUGCCCCUCUACUCCAAGAAGUACAUCUUGUUCGUGGUGACCAUCUUCAGUAUCAUCCUCCUCUCCAUCGUCAUCCUCUACGUGCGCAUCUACCUGAUCGUGCGCUCCAGUCACCAGGAGGCCACCAACUCCCCCGCCUACGCCCUGCUGAAGACAGUCACCAUCGUGCUGGGGGUCUUCAUCGUGUUCUGGCUGCCCGCCUUCACCAUCCUCCUCCUGGACACCUCCUGCAGGAUGGCCUCUUGCCCGGUCCUGUCCAAGGCCAACUACUUCUUUGGCCUUGCCACUCUGAACUCGGCGCUGAACCCCGUGAUCUACACCCUCCGCAGUAAGGACAUGAGGAAGGAGUUCCUGCGCGUGCUGUGCUGCUGGGGCCUGCUGCAGAGCGGGCGCCCCACCGACCGCUGCCUGGUCCCCCUGAAGAGCUCCAGCUCGCUGGAGCACUGCACCAACAAGCACGAACACCAGACCACUCCCAUCAUGCAGGACUGCACCACCUGUGUCUGACAUGACGCUCACCUCUGUCUGAAUGUAUGUAUGGAGAGAGAGAGAGAGAGAGAGAGAGAGAGAGAGAGAGGGCUAGCUAGCAUGAGAACAAGAUGGUGUGUGUGUGUGUGGUGGAUCAUGGAGGAGAGUUGUGUGCAGGUGUAGAGACUUAAAAGGAUGAAAGCACACCUGGGAACCCUGGCUAUCUGAACGCUGGGACACAACAACUGUCUGUUAAGAGACUGGUUACAAUGAAUCCCUUCUCAUUACAAUCAUUUCAGUGUGAGCUCACAAUCAGCAUUAUAUUGAUUCACCCAUGUAAGAGCGUGACAACACAAUCAUCCUGGAGUGAAUAUGCUUGAUUCCAUGAAUUUACAAUCGCAGAGAAUGUUCAGAAAUGCGAAAAAAAAGAAAGAAAAAAAAACGUUUUAAAUGUGUGGCUAGCCUCAGCAAUCACAGUCAUUGAUGGAGAUUCUUAAGUAAUGGUUCUUAUUGUACUUAGCAGCUUGUUUUCGGGUAUGCAUACUUCUAUUGAAAGCCAAAUACACAACACCAAAUACAUACUUUAACAUCAAUGUUAUUAAGCUUUCAAAAAUUGCACUUUGUGGACAUGUAAGCAUUGUGCAAUUGUUUAUUUCUGUUGGCUGUUCCAGGAUCGAACCACGUUAUUUUCUCAGAGGAAAGGAGGCCUUUACAUCCAGUAUUGAGGCCUAUUAGACAGGAAGCCAUGGCUUGUUCUAGUAAGCACUUCACUCCACAUCGGCCAACCCCCUUGAGUUAACCCCUUAAACAGGGCUAUAUAGUCUCUAUAUAAACAUGCAUACAACCCUUUUGAUUAACUGCAAAAAGUACUCUGCUUGCAUAUUAUUGCAUGACAUUCUAACUCAUUUGUAAAAACUACUGUGUAUAUUACUGGUAUAUUACAGUCUGAGCUUCCUCAUUAACAUUCUUACCCCUCCCUCUUUGCCCUUGUAAUCUGUCCCUCUCGCUUUUACUGUUGUCUUUUGUAACUUAACAGUUUCCUAAGAGGAAGGCCCAAUCUGGAAGCACAUUUCCUGAAGUGAGUUAGCACUGAUACAUUUCACUUAAUGACAGCUGUCUAGCAGCUCUCCACUUGGAGGGACCGUUGUCUUGACAACUUUGUUGCAUCACAGCUGCAUUGUGGAGUGUGUACCUGUGCCUUCCUCCUGGGGACUGAGGCUGAAUGUAAGUAUGAAGUGUUUGGGGCAGCAGCUCCAUUGUUGACAGUAUUAUUGAUCAUUGCCUAUUGUGCAUUGAUAAUCUAUUGACGUGCAGAGAGUGGGAUAAACAGGGUAGGUCACUCUCACUGUGAAGUCUUAAAAAGCACAUGACCCGGAACAUUACCAAAAAUAAUCCCGUUUUUAAUUGUCAAAUAGUUUAGUCAAACAUAGGACGAAAUGGGAUCUGUCCAGAGUAAACAUGUCUUAGUCUUCUCAAAAAUCCCUCUCUUCCCAAAAUCGAGAGCACUCCGGUUUCAGAGUCGGCUCCAAGGCUAUGUGGGAGGUCGACCACCACUUCAUCCUCUGUAGAACUACAAUCUCUCAACUUCUUUUAGUCACAGGAUGUCCUGUUGUUCAUUGACGGUUCCUGUUGUUUGACACACACACCUUUGACACGCUUCAUGUUUCUGUGCAGUUUUUAUGCCAUCCAGACAUCAACCUUCAUUUGGUAGUAGUAAAAGCACUUUGGCAGCUUACAUAAUAUCUGCUCUCGCCCAUUUUUUUUUUUUGAAGACCGAUGUGUUUAAGUUGGUUAAAUCUUACCUAUCACUUCACUUCAGCAUUGUUGCCUAACCCUGUCUGUUUUUUAUGAUAUAUGAAUUACUAUGUAUGUAUGUAAGUAUGUAUGUAUGUAUCUAUGUACAGUAUGUAUGUAUGAACUCUGUUAUUGUAUGGAAUGUCUUGUGUGCAAUAGCCUUUGUGUCCAUUAGCACGCUGCCUGUUAAUUUGGUACAAUCUUAAACACUAAUAGAGGUACAUAAACAAUUUGUUAAUUGCAUUCCUUUUUAUAAAA